AUGUCAAGUUUAACUGAUGAACAACGAAAAAUGAUUGAAGAAAAGAAAAAAGCUGCACAAGCCAAAUUAGCAUUAAAAUUUGGUAUGAAGACUACACCAUCUAUACCUCAAUCAGCCAAAAUUAAUUACAAUAAUAAUAAUAAUCAAUGCACCUUAUCAAAAACUGGAUCGAUUAUGUCGCCUACAUCAUCAAAUAUCAAAACUAGCCAUAAUAGUUAUAGUAAAAAUCAAAACAUCCAAUCGAAAGUAAUGAUUCGUGGUACUUGUGAACUGAUAUCAAAAGACCGUUUUACUGUUCAUGUAGCCUAUCACCAACAAUUAAUUAGUAUUUUUAAAACAAUACAAAAUAAAUUGUACGGUUAGUACAUGUCAUCAAAAAAUUAUAUAUGAUGUGUAUAUUUUUAUUUUUUUAUGAAAGUUAUAUUUAUUUCUUUUCAGACCCAAAAACAUCAGAAUGGUCAUUUCCCAUUAUAUAUCAUGAUCAGCUUAUGAUAAGCAUUAAACCACUAGAGUCUGAUGUUAAAAUAGACAAGUUACCAUAUUUUAUUUUAAAAGUAAGUAACUACCACAUUUAUCUAAAAAAUAUAAUUGUUAAUAAUAGUACUAAUAAAAAUUUAAAUUUCUUAGAUGUUUAAAGCUACUGAAGAUAUUCCAACAGAUCCAUCAACAAUUGAUCUAAGUAAUAUUGAUGAUAAUUUUUUAAAUGAACUUUAUCCUUUUCAACAAUCUGGAGUUCAGUUAGUUAUUUAAAACUUAUAUAUAUAUUUAUAAAAUAUUUUUUUAAAAUAUUUUAUUAUUUUUUUUAGGUUUGGAGUAUCAAAAAAGGGUCGCUGUAUGAUUGCAGAUGAUAUGGGCCUUGGAAAGACUAUACAGGCAAUUGGCAUUAUAAAAUAUUACUAUGAUGAUUUUCCUUUACUCAUUAUUUGCCCAUCAAGUAUGAGGUAAACAAAUUUUAUUUAUUUAUGUUAUUAGCUUUUAUUUAUUUAUUAUACUUAAUCCCUUUAUUAAUAAUACUCAAAGUUUGAUAUAGAACAUAAUUUUAUGUUGUGUGUGAUCUACCGUAUGCUAUGUUUUCAUGGCUGUAAAAUAUAAUUUAUAUUACACCUUCUCAUCAGUAUGUUUUAUGUAGUGUUAAAAUGCAUGCUAAUUGAAUAUAUUCUAUGAUUGAUAUUUUUAGUUGGUUAAUUGAAAUUAACAUACCUUAUCAUCUUAAUAAUUAAUAAUUUUUAACAGUUUAUAUAAAACUGCCUUGUUUUAUUAUAAUGCACUUAUUCAAGUUAAAAUAUACUAUUAGUAAUAUAAAUAGAUAUUAUAAUAAUUAGAAAAAAGAAAAGAAUAAAGUAUAUAUUAAAUUUUAUAGAUGCGGUAGGUCAUGCAUUGGAUAAAUGCCUGGUUGAUAAGUUCUCAGAAAAGAGGUAAAAUUUAUUUUAGUUUAUUAAGAUUAUCACAGUUAACUAGUUAACAAACUUUACAGCCAAUCGCCUUGUCAUUUUAUUGAUUUCAAGUUUAAUAAAUAUUAUUUAUUUAAUCUUAUCAGAUAUACUUGGGAAGAAGAAAUUCGAGAAAAAAUGCCAAAUGUUCCUGUAACGGGAAUAUAUGUAUUAUCCAAAGUCAAUGAACAAUUUAUUGACCCAUCUGUAGUCAUAACAUCAUAUGACUUAAUGACAAAGUCUAAAGAUAUGCUUUUAAAAUUAAAAUUUGGAAUUGUUGUAUUUGUAAGAUUUUCUAGUUAAUGUAUCAACAACUUUUCAUUCAAAUUUUCAUUAUAAAAAUGAUCAAUUUGAGUUUUUUUUUUGUCUUCCAAGGAUGAAAGCCAUUCUUUAAAAAGUGAGAAAUCUGCCAGGACUAAAGUUGCAAAUUCUAUUGGAAUGAAGAGCACGCGGUGUAUUUUAUUAAGUGGUACACCUGCAUUGUCAAGACCAAUUGAACUUUAUACACAAGUUAAAAUUAUAUCGAAAAAUAAAUUUAUAAGUCCGUAAGUGCUACAAAGUUGCUUGAUAAUUUAACAUCAGUGUUGAAAUAUUUUGGAUUUAUAUUAUUAAUAUAAAUAUUAUGAUUUUUAUUUAUUUUCUAUAACAUUAAAAUAAUAAAUCCCUUUAAAAGAUAGGUGUGACAUUUUUUACAGUUGGUUUUUAUAAAAAGUGAUAUAACAAGUAACAAUCAUUUUUUGAUAUUUCUAUCUGAAACAAAUAAAGUAACCAUAAUUUUUUAUACUAAUGUUAUGAUUUAAAUUAUACAACUAAAAAUAAAAUGAAAUAGUAUUCAAUUUGAAAUGAAACAAAUGUUUUAUCAAUAAUAAUUAAAACCAAUAAAACAAAUAAAUGAUUGCAUAUUUUUGUUUUAAAAUACUUAAUGAUUUAAUCAAAAUUAUUGUGAUUUUAGAAUUGAGUAUGGUGUACGCUACUGUAAUGGCCGAGAAACGUCAUUUGGAUGGGAUUUUACUGGCUCAUCAAAUAUGAGAGAGUUAAAAGUUGUAUUAGAAACUCAAUUCAUGAUUCGCCGUUUAAAGACUGAAGUAUUAAAACAGUUGCCACAAAAAAUUAGGUAUUUAUUAUUUCCUACAUGUUGGUAGUGAAUAUUUAUAUAAUCACCUAAGAAUUUUUAAUAAAUAAAUAAAAGAUAAAUAAAUGAUUAGUAAAUGAUUUAAUAGUGCAUCCAAUGUUGAUUGUAGGAAUGUAGUGAUAUUAAAAGCAGAAAAUAUAAAAUCUCGAAGUCAAGACAUGGACGAUUUGGAAAGCUUAGUGAACAAUAAGUCUCUUAAGAAAACUCAAGUUCGCGGUGCUUUAUUAGAAUAUUUUAACCAUACUGGUGAAGCUAAAUUACCUGCUAUUUGGUGAGUAUUUGAACAAUCUAUAUUUUGGAUUCUGAGAGAAGUAAGGAGUGUAUUGGUUUUUUUUUUUUUGCUGUAAUUUAAUUUAAAAUAUUCCUUGAGGCUUAAAAUUUGGACAGAAAACUUAAGCUAACCAUACACGUUCCAGUUUACCGGAGAGGCUGGACUGUUUUAAAAAUUGAAAAAAAAUUUGCAUUAUAAUAUGAUAUUGUUAAGCUUUUUCUAGUUAUGUGAAUCUUAUAUGUUUUAUUAAACUUAUUAAGUAAUUUUGUUUUAUUGAAAGGUUUUUUUAUGUAAGAAAAGAUAAAUUUAACUAAUAUAAAAAUAAAAAUAAUAAGAUGUUAAAAUAAUAUGUUCAAAAUAUAAAAGCAGAAACUUAGUAGGUAGUAAAGAAUAAUUUUGUUUUAAUAUCUAGCGAUUAUAUUCUAAAUUUACUAAAAGAAGGACAAAAGUUUUUGGUAUUUGCUCAUCAUCAAAAAGUUAUGAAUGGUAUAUGUGAAGUCCUUGAAAACAAUAGAACUUAGUAAGUGAUACAUGUUUACUAUAUAAUAAUCUAUUCAUUUUCUAUAUGUCUGUAUUGUUUUAUUAUUAUAUUUUGUCCACGUUUAUUUUUAGUUACAUUCGGAUAGAUGGUAAAACGUCAUCAGAAGAAAGAAAAUCAGUCUGUGAUCAAUUUCAAAGUGAAAAUAUAUACCGAGUAGCUGUUCUUUCAAUUUGUGCAGCAAAUUCGGGUAUUACACUGACUGCAGCGAAACUUGUUGUAUUUGCCGAACUUUACUGGAACCCUGGCGUAAAAACAUAAAUUAGUAUGAAAUAACAUUAAAUAAAAAAUUAUAUAAUUUACUUUUCAGAUAUUAACACAAGCUGAAGAUCGAGCUCAUCGAAUUGGUCAGGCCGAAACAGUGACCAUACAAUAUCUUCUUGCAAAAGGUACUGCAGACGACCAUCUCUGGCCAUUAAUUCAGUCUAAAUUGAAUGUUCUGAACAAAGCUGGUCUCAGUAAAGACAAUUUUAAAGGUGAUAGUACCACAGUAGUUGUAAGUGUUUUUUUUAUUUUUUUAUACUAUUUUUCUAAUUCUAAUAUUAUUCAUAUUGCAUUUAAAAUUUAUUGUGCCAUUAAUUAGAACUGUGCUACCCAAUCAAACCAAAUGAGCAUUCUCGACUAUUUAGAUGAUAAAACUGAUGAAUUGGAUGAAAACGAUUUAAAAUUUUUAGAUGAAUUGGAAGAAUCACAAUAUAAACGCCGUCGAAAAUGUUAA